CGGCACGCUAUCUAGUCGUGCGUCCCCACCGGAGGGCGGAAGCUGUGAGUAGGUUUACUGCUUAAAAUAGAUGUUUCUAGACCACCACUAUGCUGAUCGUGUGAGUGGUGCUUGCUGGCUGGCUGAUCGUGUGAAAAAGACGUGCUGAUAUAUUGAUCCUGCGAGAAAGAAGAAACCACCCACUAUGCUGAUCCAUCGUGUGAGGAAGAAGCGCUGGCUGAUCAGUUUCUAGAAAGUGCUAAACGUGCAGAAGUGCUGAACGUGCAGAUGUGAGAACAUAGUAACAUUAGGCUCCCUUCCUCCUUUCGUCAUGGCUACUGAUUUUAAAUCCAUCCCGAUAAUCGAUGUUGCACCUCUAUUGGCAAAAUGUGGUGAUCCAAAUAUGGCUGAAGAUUCAGGUGUCUUGGAGGUUGUCAGACAGUUAGACAGGGCUUGCAAGGAGAUUGGCUUUUUCUAUGUGAAAGGUCAUGGCAUUCCUGACUCUAUUUACAAAGGGGUUAGGGAUGCAACAAGGAGCUUCUUUGAUCUUCCUUAUACAGAGAAACUCAGCAUCAAAAUGUCAUCUUCAACUGGAUUCAGAGGAUAUCAGAGAGUUGGAGAAAACAUAACACAGGGAAGACCUGAUAUGCAUGAAGCAAUUGACAGUUACAAGGUUAUGGAACCUGGUACUUAUGGAGAACUUGGUGCAGUCAUGGAAGGACCAAAUCUCUGGCCUGAGAAUCCCUCAGAUUUCCGACCAUUAAUUGAAGGGUAUAUAAAUGCUGUAAAAGAACUUUCAAAAAACCUUCUGCGGGGAAUAGCUUUAGCAUUGGGUGGUUCUCCAUAUGCAUUUGAAGGUAAAAUAGCUGGAGACACUUUUUGGGGAAUGCGCCUAAUUGGUUAUCCUGGCUCUGCUGAGGAAAUGCAAGAUGAUGGUGUUGGAUGUGGAGCACAUACCGACUAUGGUUUACUGACUUUGGUAAAUCAAGAUGAUGAUAUCACUGCGUUACAGGUAAAGAACCGAUCUGGUGAAUGGAUAUGGGCCUUUCCUGUCCCUGGAACAUUUGUCUGCAACAUAGGAGAUAUGCUAAAGGCCUAUUCAAACGGUUUAUAUGAGACCACAUUGCAUAGAGUGACCAAUAACAGCUCCAAGUAUCGGGUUUCCAUAGCAUUUUUCUAUGAGCCAAACUUUGACACAGCUGUAGAACCUUUCGAUUUCUGCAAGGAGAAGACUGGUCGGGUUGCAAUAUUUGAGCCAAAGAUGUAUGGGGAGCAUCUAGUCCGUAAGGUUCUUACAAAUUUUGUGUCGGAGGAUUGAGAUUCUGAUCUCUGUGUUACAAGUGAUUACUAUGUGUAUUGUAAGUGGAAACAAUGCUGGUGCUUCAUCUUAGCCCUUUGAGAGAUGGGCUAUCCCAAUGUUGUAGCUCUAAGAAGGUACAAGGUUAGGAGCCUUGUCCUUAUCUAUCCGAACAUAAUGUAUUCGAACUUGUUAUGUCCAUUUCUUGUUUUA